UACAACAAUGAAAUAUACAUUUCAGAAUACACUUUGAAUGCUGUUAAUAAUUAUGGUGAAAAUUUAUUGCAUGUUAGCGCAGCAUACGGUUGUUGUAAUAUUAUUAAAGAACUUUUAAAGAAAAAAGAAAAUCAUCAAAUUAUUAACAGGAAAAAUAAUUUUGGCUGGACACCAUUGAUGCAAGCUAUUAGAAAUAGAAAUAUUGAUACUGUUAAAUUACUUUUAGAACAAAAAUCAAACGUUAACGAUUCGACCUAUCUUGGAAUGUCAGUAAUUGGUAUAGCUUCAGCAAUAAAUAAAGAAAUGUUGCAACUGAUAUAUGAAAUUUGUCCAUCUAUAUUGAAAAAUGCAGAGAAUGAUGAUAUUACUCCUCUGUGUAUAGCCGCAUUAAAAAAUGAUAAAGAUAUGUUUUUUUCUUUGGUCGACAUGGGUUUAGAUGUUUCCAAAGCUAAUGAGUAUACACACAUUAUGAUGAAACUAUCUAAGAUACCAGAAAUAUCAAAUUUAGCAAAACAUUAUUAUGAAAUAGAGGAUUAUUGGAAUGAUGAAUCAGAUGAUAUUGAAAGAGAAAAUGAGUCAAGUCAUGAUAUUUCUAUAUGUGAAUGCAUAUCACCAUAUAUUUUAAAACCACAAUAUGAAUCUUGUAAAUUUCAAAAUGAUUCCAUGCACUCACCAAAUGUAAUGCUUAAAAGAUUACGGUCUAUACGACCAGCGGACUUGGAUCUCACAUCUGUUCAAAAUGAUCACAACACUACGCUUGAAAUAGUACUAGAUUAUAGUCCUACGUCUUCGCCAAAUGUGCCUGAAUACAUUAAUGAUGAAAAUGUAUCAGGCGACAAGACGCCUACACCGCCUCGUUACAAAACUCCUCCAAAAGGAAUGAUUCUAAACUCGCAGCAAACUAAAAUGAUUAUUUUUUUAAAACGAUAUGGUUUGAGUCAUCAUAUGUCUAUUUUUCUUAAAGAAGAAGUAAAUAUAAUUUAUGAUACGUGUUACUUUUUAAUGAUUUAA